UCGACUUGAACUAAUUGCUAAGAAACGUUUCUAACCAGCUUGACUCAUACAUAAGUACCCACGCCAGUUUUGGUACACUAUAAAAAAACUUAUUUACUGUAACAUUUAAGAAAUUGUUAUCCUUUGCUGACUGACUUACAACUAGUGAAGUCCUACUAAAAAAAUACCAUUAAGCACAAUACAUACACGAGAAAAAGAUAAUUUCACCAACGGACCUGGAACUAAAUAAUUUACGGUAUCAAGAUGAACUACUGGACAACACGACUUGGUCAAUACACCGAACGCUGCGACUUCAAUGGCCUGCCUAAAAACGGGAUAAAAAGUGGACACCUGCCUCACCACCUCAGCGUAAGGAAGGUAACGAUACCGGACCAAUUUCGACUACUAAACUCGUCUCCCAUUCCCUGCACUGCAAACCUGGUUGAGCUUGCAUGGCACAAAGUCCUCAGCAUUUACGGAACUGGAAACUACACCGUCGUCCUGACUGGAAUACCUGGCCACGAACAGGACAAUCAUUUUGUCCCAAUUGUCAUGGAUCAUCAUCACAUCAACGACAAACCAAUAAUUGAAACCUUACAAGAAAUUGUGACCCAGACCAGCAACAAUAGUCUAACAAUGGAUCAAGUUCUGGAGAUGAAUGUCACUUUAUUCGAUGGCUUAUUGCUUCUCGAUGAAAAAAUGGACACUUUAGCAUCCGAAAUUCUUGCCAAAUUCCCAAUCAGCAUCAUCCUACUUCAUGACUCGGUCAGAAUUUCGUACUCUCAAGAAUUGUUUACAGAAGACGUCAUCGACGGAAUGCUGGACGUACUGACCACAAUUUUGGAACAAUUUGUCCAAGACAUUAACCAACCACUCGGAAAUGUUAACGUUCUUCCAGAAAUCCAACGAGUCCAAAUCUCCUCUUGGAACGGAGGUAGCCAAGACUUUCCCAAAGAUAAGCGACUUCAUCACCUCUUUGAACAAGCCGCAGCCCAGACGCCGGACAAAAUUGCCGUGAUAAACCCGAAAGGAAACGUACACCUGACUUAUCGACAACUGAACGAGAAAUCUAACCAACUCGCCCAUUACUUAAAAUUCAACGUUGGCGUUCAGCCGGAACAAUUAAUUGCUCUCUUUCUCGAUAAAUCUGAAUCACUGGUCAUUACGGUUUUGGCAAUUUGGAAAUCUGGAGCGGCAUAUACUCCGAUUGAUCCUACGUAUCCAGACGCUAGGGUAAAAUUCACCUUUGACGAUACCAAAGACAAGUUGGCCAUUACCAAUGGGCGUCAUUACGAUCGGCUCCGAACAAUUUGUAGUGACGAAGAAAUUUUCAAGAUUGAAACUCUCCUAGAAAAAACAGAGGCGGAUUCUGUUCCUGUCGCCAAUUUAGAAUUGGGAUUGACCAGCAGUCAGCUUGCCUAUGUGACGUACACUUCAGGCACCACCGGGGAACCGAAAGGAGUUUACAAAGAACACAAAGGCGUCGUCAACAGCAUAACCGACUUAUCCAUCAAAUACUCCAUGCACAACAAGCCAGAAGUCGUUUGUCUCUUCUCCGCCUACGUUUUUGAACCCUUCGUUCGUCAAAGUUUAAUCGCUCUCAUCAACUCCCACCAACUCGUGAUUGUGGAUGACGAGGAAAAACUUGAUCUCGACAGAUUUCCAGAAUUUCUUCAAAAAUAUGGAAUAACUUAUCUCAACGGGACGGCUUCUGUACUCCAAGAGUACAACUUGACGAACUGCACCUCCCUCUCAAAACUUAUCUUAAUCGGGGAAGAAUUUACAGAAUCCCGAUGCAAAAAAUUGAGACAAAACUACAACGGAAGGAUCAUAAAUGAAUACGGAUUCACCGAGUCCGCAUUGGUCACAGCGAUGAAGAUAUUCGACCCUGACACUCCUCGAGUUGACAGAACGAUAGGAAAACCUCUGCGAAAUGUGAAAUGUUACAUUUUAGACAAGGACUUGAAACAACUUCCUCUCCAAACUAUUGGAGAAUUGCACAUCGGUGGGAUGGGGAUUUCGAGAGGUUAUCUCAACCGACCUCACCUAACCGACGACAAAUUUAUUCCAAACCCGUACCAAACCAGGGAGGAAAAGGAUGCAGGAUUCAACAGUAAAAUGUACAAGACUGGAGACUUGGCCAGGUGGACGGCCAACGGAGAAGUGGAAUACAUUGGGAGAAACGAUUUUCAAAUCAAACUCCGUGGAGUUAGGAUCGAGCCGGCGGAAAUCGAGUCCAUCGUGAUGAAAUAUGAGGGCCUAAAGAAAUGCACGAUUGUCGUGAAGAGUACCAAGUCGGAAGAAGAGUCGACCGCAUCGUCAAAACAUCUCGUCGGUUAUUUCGUCGUGGGUGACGGAAUAGACAUUUCAGAACACGAACUUAUCAUGCAUUUGGAGAAAAACCUGCCGAGAUACAUGAUCCCGGCGAGAAUGGUGCAAGUCAAAGAUAUUCCGGUCACGAUUAACGGGAAGAUUGACUUCCGCUCCUUGCCAAAUGUUGUUGAUUUGGGAGGUGACCAAGCAAAGUUGGAUUACACCCCUCCCAUAAAUGAGAUGGAGUCGAAACUUUGUCAAAUUUGGGGGGAAACCUUGAACCUUAAGAAAACAAGGGUUGGAAUUACAGACGACUUUUUCCGCCUGGGAGGACACAGCAUUACCUGCAUCCAGCUAAUUGCCAAGAUUCGACAACAGUUAAAAAUUCACAUAACGUUAGAACAGAUAUUCAAGCUGAGAACGAUACAAAAAUUGGCUGACAGUUUGCUUGAGGAUGAAAAUCACAACGACCUGCUUGCUCCAAAUGACUCCAUUUCUGCAAAAGAUGACGAUACCAUCAUCCCCGCAAAUCAUUCCUCCUUGUUGGCCAAUAGUCUGCAGCAGGGGCUAAUGUACCACCACAUGAAGCAGCUCGAUACCCCCGAUGACGCCUACAUCAUGCAGUCCCUCUACAAAUACGAGACUCCUCUGGACAUCCUGCACUACAAAAAAUCAUGGAAAGCUGCCCAGCAAAAGUAUGUCUCCCUCCGACUAAAUUUCCGCGUUGAGAAAGAAAUUUACCAAGUCGUCAACCACGAACAAGAGUUGAGUUGGAACUAUAAAAGUUUGAAAGACUUACAACCAGAAGAGCAAGAAUUGAAAAUUUCACAGGCGCAGAAAGCCGACCGGGAGAAAGGUUACCGCCUCGAAUCCGAGUCCCUAUUUCGUAUCCAUCUCUUCGAAUUGAAGCAAAACAGUUUCAUCCUUCUCUUCAGCUGUCACCACGUAAUUAUUGACGGGUGGAGUUUCCCCAUUCUUUUCUCCUUUGUGCAUGAACAAUACCUCAAUUUGUUGCACGGCAGUGGCGUUGCGAUUCCCAGUGCAAGAAGCGACUCGAUUGACGAGGCCUAUCUUCAGGCACAAUUCUAUCUUCAAUCCCACCGCAAAGAUAACCUGUCCCACUGGACCAAGCAAGUCGAGAAGAUUGAGAACCGGUCCAAUCUCUCCGUCCUUCUGAGGGACGAAGUACGCUAUCAAACUCAACUGAAUGACUACGACCGAGUGCAAGACCAGAGACAAGAAACAGUAGAAUUUGGACCUGAGUUGGUUUCCAAGUUGAAGACAAUUAGUGGAAUAACGCUGCACUCCAUUUUGCAAUUCGUGUGGCACAAAGUCCUCCAUGUUUACGGGUCAGGGCGACAAACCAUCGUGGGGACGACGGUAUCCGGGCGAAAUUUACCGAUUGACGGGAUUGAACGAUCCGUCGGCCUGUACAUAAAUACUCUCCCGUUAAUCGUGGAUCACGCCGAGCAGAACGGUCUUUGUGUGCUGGAUGCGUUGGAAUUAAUUCAGGGAAAGGUGAUCGAGAUGAAUAGCAGGAGCAAUAUUGAGCUGGGGAGUUUGCACAAUAAUACUGGGCUAAAACAUGGUCUAUUCGAUACACUCUUCGUUUUGGAGAAUUAUCCAAAUCUGGACAAUUCUAGAGUGGAGUUUCAAAGGAAGGAGUUGGGGUUUAAGUUUCUCUCGGAAGUGGAGAAAUUAGACUAUCCGCUGGCAGUAAUUGUUCGUGAAGUGUUGGAAACAAAAGAAGGAGGAGGUGGAGGAGGAGGGUUAAAAUUUACUCUUUGCUACGCUGGAGAGCUCUUUGACUUGGAAAUAGUCCAAGAUUUACUCGCCCUCGUGACCCAACUGCUUUGGCAAAUUGUGGACAGUCCGGAGUCAAAACUUGUGACAAAAUUAAACUGUCUUCUCCCCAAACACGAAUCCUUGCUGGACGGAUGGAACAAUUGUACCAGGCAACAAUUUCCACGUGAAAGCACUUUACACAAAAUUUUCGAACAAGUCGCUCACAAGUUUCCGGAUAAGGUUGCCGUCACGUAUGAAAAUGUGAGCCUCACUUACGCCCAAUUAAACAAGAGGGCCAAUCAGUUAGCAAAUUACUUGAAAAACUUAACCACCAUCCGACCCAAUGAUAAGGUUGCUCUCAUCUUAAACAAAAAUGAACUCAUGAUCUUAAGCGUUUUUGGAGUAUGGAAAUCUGGCGCUGCAUACGUUCCAGUGGACCCAAGUUAUCCGGAUGAGAGGAUCCAAUUCAUUUUAAAAGAUACACAAGCCAAGAUUAUCAUCACUAACUCAACGAGCGCGUCAAGAGUACAAACUCUGUCGUGCUCAGAUCAGUGUGUAAUCCAAAUUGAAGAAGUAUCUCAGCAAAGAUUGCAUAAUUUGGACUCUGAAAAUCCCACCGCGGUUUCCACUUGUACAGAUCUUGCCUACAUAAUUUACACCUCAGGAACGACCGGAAAUCCGAAGGGGGUCAUGAUUGAGCACAGAGGAGUCGUCAACCUACAAAAUUCACUCGCUCAAAUAUUCUCUCUUCAAGAUAACCACGACGAAGUCAUCCUAUCCUUUUCCAACUACGUUUUCGAUCACUUUGUCGAGCAAAUGGUUGACGCUUUACUCAACGGACAAACCCUCGUGGUCCUCAACGACGAAAUGCGUUGCGACAAGGACCGACUUUAUGAGUAUAUGAGGGCCAACAAGGUCACCUAUCUGUCCGGCACGCCUUCCGUCCUCUCUCUCUACGAGUACAGGGAUUUGCCCCAUCUCAAAAGAAUUGACGCGGUCGGGGAAGAUUUUAGUGAACCGUUGUUCAACAAAAUUCGAAGCACUUUUUCCGGACUGAUAAUUAACGGCUAUGGUCCAACCGAGGUGUCGAUUACGAGUCACAAAAGACUUUAUCCCGACCCAAGUGAGCGACGGCUGAAUAAAAGCAUUGGUCACCCCGUGGGAAACACGACGUGUUACAUUCUCGACGAAAAUAUGCAACGCCUCCCUUCCGGAGCGAUUGGAGAUUUGUAUCUCGGUGGGGUCGGCGUGGGAAGAGGAUAUCUGAAUCGGGACGACUUGACGGAUAAGGCAUUCGUCAGAAAUCCAUUUGCUGAUGGGGACGAGGACAAUGCAAGAUUGUACAAAACUGGAGACUUGUGUCGUUUCCUAUCCAACGGGGAAGUCGACUACAUGGGAAGGAACGAUUUUCAAGUAAAAGUCCAUGGGUUACGGAUAGAACUUUGUGAAAUCGAGGCAGCCAUGUUAUCAUAUCCUCCCGGGUCAAGGAUUACGCAAUGCGUUGUGAUUUCCCGUAAUCAAAAUAUCAUCGGGUACUACGUGUCCCCUAAGGAGAACUUGGAAGAGGUUGACAUUAGGAAAUACCUGCAAACGAAGCUGCCAGGCUACAUGGUUCCCAAGAGGUUAGUUCCCAUUGACAAGAUUCCUGUCAACAUUAGUGGAAAAGUUGACACGAAGCAAUUGUCGCAACCCGUGAUGAUGGAGAGACUUGGUUUUUCCCCUCCACAAAAUGAACUUGAAACAAAACUGUGCACAAUUUGGGGAGAGAUUUUACAACUCCCAGAAGAUCAGAUUGGAAUUACUGACGACUUCUUCGGUCUGGGUGGAGAUUCUUUGUUAGCGAUAAGCUUGUCGUUUACCAUGACGAAAUCGUUUGGAAAGUCGAUCCAAGUCACGCACAUUUUUGAGCACAGGACAAUCCAAGGUUUAGGAAAAUUCAUUGAAAGCAAGAUGAAGCCAGAUGCCCCAAUUUCAACGAUAUCUCAACCAUCCGAGGUCACAUUUGAGCUUUCCUUAGCACAGAAACGAUUACUGUUUAUAAACGAGAUGGAAAAUGGAACUUCUGCAUUCAACGUCCCGUUCUAUUUCGAACUGUCAAAAACGGUGAACUUGGGAAUUCUGCAAGAAUCCAUCAGAUCGGUUAUCAAGAGACAUGAAAUCCUACGAACUCUGAUUCUCACAGGAAGUAAUAAAGCGCAGGUUAUUAUCAGAGAGGAAGAUGUCACUGAGCGUCUCUUUUCCGUUGAUACGAUUCGCGUCGAAAAUCAUGCCCAAUUAAGUCAAGGGUUGACCAAGGCGUCGCAAUAUAUUUUCUCUUUGGAUAAAGAACUUCCCCUCAAAGUGACGAUUUACGAGAUUGAAGACACACCAACGACCAUAAUGUGUCUCGUUUUCCACCACAUUUGCUUCGACGGGUGGUCCUGGGGAGUGUUUCAACGGGAUUUGAAGUCGCUUUAUGCCAACAAUGUGAAUACCACAUUAUUAUCAAAACCCAACAUGCUUCCCCCGCUUACCUCUCACUACAAAGAAUUUGCAUCAUGGGAAAAUAAUUUCCUGACUGGACAAAGACUCCAAAUGUUGUCAAACUAUUGGAAAAACAAGCUAGAUUCGGCUCAGACACUAAAUUUCCUCCCAGAUUUCCAGCGACCAUCAAAGUUUUCCUACGAGGGAAAAGAACUACGUUUCCACAUCUCACUCGAGACCACGAGGGGGCUGAAGGAGCUGUCUAAAAUGCUAAAAACAAGCAUGUUUAGCGUUCUCAUCAGCGCAUACAGCUUGACAUUGAGCUACUACACGAACCAGAAAGAUAUUCUCAUCGGAUAUCCAGUAUCGAACAGAAAUCUCCCCGAAUUUGAAAAUGUUAUCGGAUUCUUUGUCAACCUGCUCCCCUUGAGAAGCAGAAUCAAUCCGGAAGAAAGUCUUGCCCAGUAUAUUCGCACCGUGGGCGAGGAGAUCAUCCAAUCUCAAGCACAUCAAGACAUGCUGUUUGACAAAUUAGUCAGUGACAAUACGAAAGAAAUUGACUUAUCACGCCACCCCUUAGUUCAAGUAAUUUUCAGCUUCAAUCCAACAAAAACGAUGGCGAAACAUUCACUUUUUACUGAUCAAGAUCCACUGAAAUUGAACCCUUACGAGCCAAAUAUUUCUGCAACAACGGCAAAAUAUGAUUUGUCCACCACUAUGACGGAGGUUGAAGAAUCCGGCAUCGAGGGAACUGCUACAUUCGCCACGAAACUAUUUCGCGACGCCACAAUAGAAAAUUUCUUGAAAACUUAUGCCCACGUUCUUGAGCAGUUUUCAAACAUGGUGGUGAAAGCCGGAGUCAAAAUUUCUGAUGUAAAUCCAGUCGGAAAAUUAGAAACAGCAUCAUUACUGACCAGAAAUACUAAACCAUCGCAAGAUGAUAACACACCAAGCUCAAUUUUUGAUGAAAUUGCAACCAAAUUUGGUUACAAAACAGCUUUAGUUUCUUUAGAGAACGGAGAAACUACGUAUAGCGAACUCAGCUCUAAAGCAAACCAACUCGCUUAUUAUCUGCUUUCUAAAUUUGACCCCAAACCCGACGACAUCAUCGCACUUUUCUUGGAUAAGAGCGAGCCCAUGAUAAGCUCAAUUCUCGCCGUGUGGAAAACAGGAGCUGCGUAUGUUCCCAUCGACCCAGAAUUCCCCUCGGAGAGGAUCAGCUUCAUUUUAAAAGAUACAAAAGCAAAGAUUUUACUGACCAGUGAGAAAUACGGUGCCGUACUGAGGAAAAGUAUCACUUCAAAUGGAAACUUGGCAAUUGUGGAGAUUGACUCUGCCUCAACUUCCCAUCUUUUAAAUCUCCAUCCAACAAUUAACUUUAAAUCGGAGCAUGCCCAGAUAAAUAGUAACCUGUCCUACAUAAUUUACACUUCAGGAACUACUGGAAAUCCAAAAGGGGUCAUGAUUGAGCAGAAAAGUGUAGCAGAUUUGAGAUCAAGUUUGACAAGGUAUUACUUUUCUCCCGAAGCGGAGAAGGUAGAUGACGAAGGAAUUCUAUUUUUGUCCAACUACGUGUUUGAUUUCUCCAUUGAGCAAUUGCUCCUCGGAUUAUUUUCUCCGACCGGAAAUAAACUGAUACUUCCGCCCAAAAGCGUUCAAUUUGAUGACCAUGAUUUCUACGAGUUUCUUAACUCGAACGGGUUAGCAUACUUGAGCGGAACACCCACCGUUCUACAUCAGCUUGACUUAUCUCGACUGAUCCACCUACGAAAUGUGACAGUGGCUGGGGAAACGUUUGGAAGAGGGCACUUUGACAAAAUCCGGUCCCAAUUCCAGGGAAGACUUGUAAAUGCGUAUGGAACGACUGAAACGUGCGUUUAUAAUGUCGUCUGUCGUUACGAAAAGGGAGACAACACCUUCAAAAACAGUUUGGGGGACGUAUUGCCAAACGUGAUGAAAUUUGUGUUGAACGAAAAUCAGCAACUACUCCCAUUCGGAGCUAUUGGUGAACUGUACUUGUCUGGGAUUGGAUUAUCGAGAGGUUAUCUCAACCAGGAAAACUUGACCAAAUGCAACUUCAUCCCUAACCCAUUCCACGACGGGGCAGAUGAUAAUUACAACGCCAAGCUUUACAAGACGGGAGACUUGGUACGCUACUUGCCCUCCGGAGAGUUAGAGUAUUUGGGAAGAAAUGACUCGCAAAUAAAAAUUCGUGGCUUGCGAGUUGAAAUUGGCGAGAUCGAAGCUGCGAUUUCGAGAUAUUCGGGAAUACUUCAUUGUGCCGUGGCUCCAAAAUAUGACCCAGAAAACAACGCCCAAAUCAAAUCUCUCGUGGGUUACUUCAUCUCAACGAAGGAAAUUAGCGAAGACAAAAUUAUCGCCUAUUUGGAGACCAAACUGCCAAGUUACAUGAUACCAAGUAGAUUAAUACGAGUUGAAGGACGAUCCUCUCUUCCCAUCACAAUCAAUGGCAAGUUGGACACAAAGUUGCUGCAAUCAUUACAAGAUUCACAUAAUAAGAAAGAAAAUGUCUUGCACACUGAACCACAAAAUGACCUGGAAGUCCAACUGUGUCAAAUAUGGGCAUCCGUUCUUGGCCUAAAGCAAGUCGAGGUGGGCAUUGACGACAACUUUUUUCACCUCGGGGGCGACAGCAUCUCAUCGCUGCGAGUAGUUAGUAAAAGUAGGAGUGAGUUAGGCAAUCACAGCAAUAAAAUUACUGUCCAGGAUAUCUUCCUUCUCAAAACGAUACGACGAAUUUCUGAGAAAAUGGCGUCAACUGCUCCACUAAAUCAAACCAUUGUUAGAGCAGAGCAGGGCCACAUCAUUGGAGAAGUCCCCCUGCUCCCAAUUCAACAAUGGUUUUUUGCAAAGGCCUUGACCCGACCUGAAUACUGGAACCAAACCAUCUUUAUCAAAACCCCACCAUUAAAUUUGGACAGAGUUACGGAAACUGUACGAAUUCUGGUUAAUCAUCAUGAUGCUUUUCGACUCAGAUUCAGCAAGAAGACUGAAAAUUCUCCGAUUGUGCAAUUUUAUCAGGACGAUCCAUCCCAAUCUGUACACGUUCAAACUCUCGAUGUCAAAAAUUUAAGCGAAAGUCAAGUCAAAGCUAAACUAUCCCAGUGGCAGUCUAACUUUGACUUGGAGAAUGGUCCGCUGUCCUGUCUCGCCUAUUUGACCGGGUAUGACGAUGGGUCGACCAGAAUCUGGUGGGCGAUUCACCACCUCAUCGUGGACUCAGUUAGUUGGAGGAUACUUCGGAACGACUUCCAAACCGUGUAUCUCACCGGUCACAAUGCGAACCUCGGAAUGAAGGGGAGCAGUUAUAGAGACUUUUCUACCUCCCUGAACAAGUAUGCAUGUUCCGAACAAGAAGCACUAUUUUGGAACAAGAUCAUCGAUAAAGUCCCAAAAUACAAUGAGCUACUCGCACCAAACAAUAAUAACAAUGAGGUCAAACUGGAUUUCAGUCUCACGCCGGAACAGACAAAGCUUCUCAUGAGAGACUCUUGUCAAACGUAUUCCUCACAAUUGAUCGACUUGCUACUGACCGCAUUGGGAUACGGACUCAAAGAAGUAUCAGGCUCUCAAAUUAAUUACGUAACCCUUGAAGGGCACGGCAGAGAGGAAAGAUUGGAGGCUCAAAAUUAUGAGAAGCUUCUUCAACUCGACAAAACUAUGGGAUGGUUCACCUCCAUGUACCCCAUCGAAAUUAGGACUUGUUCUCAUUUGGAGGACAGUAUUUCAGCCGUGAAAAGCCACUUGAAGGAAAUACCAAACAAAGGGAUCGGAUAAGGCGCAACGUUCGGAUACCACGAACCAUUGGCAUCAGUGAGCUUCAACUAUCUUGGCCAGUUCGAAGAAAGCGACAAUAACGAAGAAAGUGCUUUCUGGGGACUGACCGACCUUUCGUCGACAAGCAUGGAACUCACUAUAGACUCAUCUUCCAGCAACAAAAAUUCCAGUGCAAUCGACAUCACGGGAAUAUGCUCUCGAGGCGUCUUAUCAUUUAAGAUUGGGAGUUAUUUAAGUGAAAAAACUACUCGCAGAUUCAUAACCAACUUUAAGGGGAUGUUGGAAAAUAUAAUCAAUUUCCACAAGAACUCAACAUCUUCAACCCGCCAAUUACCCAUCGGAGUUGAGCCAUAUUUUCAAUUUUGUUCCGUAAUCGUAGACGGAACAAGUUCCUCAAUCCCCACGCUGUUUGUCCUUCCUCCCGGUGAAGGUGGGGCUGAGAGCUAUUUUGGCAACAUUGCUCAAAACUUGGGAGGAUUUAAUCUCAUAAUUUUCAACAAUUUUUAUCUCGCCAUGAACAAACCGGACACCUGUAGCUUCGAACAAUUGGCGAAAAUGUACUUAAAAUAUAUUAGAGAAUUGCAACCUCACGGGCCGUAUCAUUUCCUGGGGUGGAGUUUCGGUGGACUCUUAUCCCUAGAAAUUUCAAAGCAAUUGACAAACUCUGGAGAAAAAAUUGGUACGUUGACCAUGAUAGAUUCCUACUUCAACGUGAUAAAAGCGUGUCACGAUAUUGGCCUCCCCAAGGAAAAAUAUGUAAUUGACAGAAUUAAUUACGCCUACACGCCGGGAGAAAGUUGUCUGAAAAACUUUGUUGAAAAUUCUAACAAAAUUGCAUUAUUUAAAGCCACGCGUAUAAAUGAGAAAUACGAUUCAGACCCUCAAUUCCUUCUUUACGAAUACUAUCGGAAUUCAAAGUAUAAUAAUCUGGACACCCUGAUUGAUCCUGGAAGUUGGAAUCUGCUCUAUUUGGAUAGCGAAUCUCAUAAUUCUUGGGUCCAUAACAAGAGUCAAGUUGACAAGAUUUGUGACUUUCUUGUAUCCAAUAUUAUGUGAUUAUGUAAUUAUUUAAGAACGAAAUCAUUAUUCUCUUCGCAAUAUAUAAAACCUAAUUGUAGCACUUCGUUUGAUUUUUAUAUAUGCGAUUAUUAGUUGUAAUAAAAUAGUGAAUGUGACAUAAUGAUGCAAAAUUCAAUAACUUAAUAAACACAAAUUUGUAAUGCGACGUCAGAAUGAGCUAAAU